AUGUCUGACGGAUAUAACGAAGCACGCGCUCUACGGGUAUCCGAGCUCAUCAACGACUUUCGAACAUUGCUUGUCCACAUAUCCCAACUGAAGCUUGAUGCUACAGAAGUGUCAGAAGUGGCCCAAGGAUAUAUUCUCAUGAGACAAUGCGUUGCCGAAGCUCAAGAGCUAUUGGCUUCACAAUUUGAUAUCCAGUCUAUCCAAAACCUACAGGGUGAUGGCGAGUUUGAGAAGGUCCAGCUUCAGAGGAUCAUCCUCGACGCAAGUGCGCGCAGAUUCCGAGCACACAAGAUCUAUCAGCGCAUGGCAGCAGCUAGGCGGUGGGCAAUGGGCCGAGCACAGGUGCUCCAGGGCCAACGACCCAGCUCUCGUCAUACCACCGCCCUUGCCGGCCUAGACGACACCCUUCGUACCGAGCUCUCAAGGAUUACGGAUAGUUAUGUCUUGAGCACUCUUGCCUCUGCUGACGUUCGCGCAGGCUACUGGCUCGACGAAGAUCCUUCCCUCAGCACGAUCCUGAACUGGAUUCGGUCGCAUUCUUAG